UGUUUUCACGUAUACUUCAUUCUACCGCAAUUCGUCCUAGGGUGAACAUCCUGUCUUAAUUGGUUCAUUGUGCGUGACAUUGAAGUGAAAGCCUAAGUUUACAAAAUAAACCCUCGUUUCCAGCUUAAAAAUUGAAUAUUGACCUAAAUUGACUGCUGAAAAAGCUUGUUUUAUUGAAUUUUACCAUACUGUGAAAAACGAAUUUGAACGCUCGACUAUUGAUCGGGAAGCUAUUUUCCGCGAACGAAGUACUGCUUUUCGCCGCGUCGCCGACGAUAUCGCUCCAAAAACGUUAAAACUCAAGAGCCACCGUCACCGCCGCCGAGAUGGCGUUCAUGAUGCCAGUAGUGAAGAACGAUUGGGACAUAUAUCAUUCGCAACGGUCCCGGCGGCCCUCGGAGUCUGCGGAGAAGGCGGUGCUGAGCGGCGGGCGCGUGCGGAAGGUGUCGGAGUCACGGUCGGAGGGCCCGGCGCUGUCGCCGCCCGCGGGCCGCGCCGCGCUGUCGCCGCACCGCAGCGCGCCGGCCAUGCGCUCGCUGUCGUACUGCCGCGCGCCGCCGUCGCGCGCCUCGCUGCGCGCUGCCGACAGCCCGCGCAAGGGCUCGGCUAGUCCGCCGGGCGGCGCGCGCGAGGACAAGUUCCACAGCAGGUUGGUGGAGAAGCUGAAGCGCGCGCUGGGCCGUUCGGACUCGCGCCGCGAGGAGAGGAGCUCGUGAGCUAACCGCUGCUUGUGUGCAGGGCGCGCGCCGACUCUCCUGAGCGACACUCGCGCUGCGGCGCGUGCGUGCCCUACCUGUGACGGCCAGCUCGAGCCGGGCCAGCCGCGACAGCCUCGCCAGCGCCGGCACACGAUCUGUGAUACCUAUGACAUGGUGACGAGUUGAGUAGACGUUGUGAUGUGCCGAGUGCUGACUAACCGCCUGUGGUGUUCCAUCGCCGGGAAUUUAAUGUUUGAACGCAUCGACGCUAUAGUUGUAGAUGUCUUAUCACACAUUCGGUUCGCUUUCCUUGACUGUUGCAUGUUUGUUGUUAUAGAAUCAUAUGGGGUCAGUAUUGUCAGUAUUAGAGGGGCUGUAUGUUGUAUUCUAUGUAUAUCAAGACUGCGUUUAGUUUAAGCCCGAGCGCCGGCCGGGAACACGUAGUGUUCGGAGCAGUGGCCGGCGCGCGUUAGACGUUAGUUUAUGGCAGUUCGUGAAUGAUAUCUGUGAUUCGGUAUUUCUAAGUGAAGAAGUGUAAAUUGUAAUUUAUUUAGAUGACGGCAUAUUUGUAAACAUCUUUUCCAUACUAUAUUUCGUUUGUUUAGUUCAAUAUUAAUUAAAACAGUUACAAUAAAAAUUCGACUGGUAAAUUGUAUAAUAACUAUGAAAAAAUUGGAUACAAAGUAAGAAUAUUCUAAUUUUGCAUGUUGCUUAAAAACAGGAAGUUUGCAAAACAUAACGCAGUAUAUUUAACCACUAGAGGUGUAUGAACACCUUACUAUCUUAUAUAUAUAAAUUAAACAUAAUGAAAACUGUCGAUAUUUUGUGAAUGUAAGGCACGUAUUAUAAUCCAUAUUUUAAGUAGUUAGUUGAAAACGGCACCGACCCCAAUUGGAUAAGUGGUGUGAAAUGUUAAAUAUUUUAUUUAAUUUUAUAUAAUGUUGUAUUUUCAACCCGAUAAUAAUCGUGAGUGCCGUUUUUAAUCUAAAAAAUACUAUUGAAUUGGUAGUUUAGGUAAAUUUAUAACAAAAUUCUAAAUUGUGUCAUGUCUCUGUGAGAUUUAUAGUAUAAUUAUUUAUGUAAAGUUCGAGUAUACGGUAGAGCUGCCAUUGUGCUGGUUUCGUGUAAAAUGUACAGGGUUAAAUGUAAAUCACUGGAAAUCUCUUGAUUGUAGAUACAAGUUUAUACAGAAAUUAAAAUUAUUUCAGGAAUAUAAAAGAAAACAAUAUAUUAGUUAAAAAAAUCUUUGCUUCGGCCGGUAGAGCGGUGCGGGGUUGAAAAGAAAGGGGAUGGAAAACAAAUCGGUGUCACACAGUUCCAUAACUUCAUUUUUAUAUUAAUGAAAUUUGUAACUCGUGUUUAGGUUGUUACUCAGUAGCUGAGUUAAGAAAGUUUACGAGGUUUGCAGUGAAUUACAACUAACCCAGUAUAAUGACUUGUACCACAUAAAUCCAACCCCUACGUUUACGAAUAUAUCUUACUGUAAUCAUGUAACGCAAUAUAACGUCUGAUCUGAAUUUUUAAAUAUAAACAAAUAUAAAGCUUAUUCGAA